AUGAUCCGGCGCUCGGCUCUCGCCCUCUCGCGGCGAGUGAAUGGCGCCGCAGCUGCAAAACCAGCGGCCAACACGCGAAUGUUCACCCCGAGUUUAGCCAGAUAUAACGCAACGACGAAAGACGACCCAGAGCCAGCGGAGCCCAGCAAGACCAUGGUGGCUUUCGAAGACGUCAAAACCGAACACGACCUCCUUCCUCCAGGCGGUAAACCCGGCACAAUUCCCUCCGAUCUCGAACAAUCUACAGGCCUGGAACGUUUCGAGAUCCUGGGUAAAAUGCAGGGCGUUGAUGUCUUUGACAUGAAACCGCUUGACUCCUCACGAAGAGGGACAAUCCAAGACCCCCUCGUAGUGAAAUCCUUCGGCGACGAACAACUCGCCGGCUGCACCGGCAGUCCCGUAGACUCGCACCUGGUAGUCUGGGUGUGCAUGUCGCGCCAGCGGCCGAUGGAGCGGUGCGAUGAGUGUGGCAGCGUGUAUAUGAUGGAAUAUGUGGGGCCGCCCGAUGAUGCGGGGCAUGGGCAUGGGCAUGGGGAGGAGCAUGGGAAAGAAGGCGGUCAUGGGGAGGAGCAUGGGGAGGAGCAUGGACAUGGUGGCGGUGACGACGCGCAUUGGUUGUAUGGGUUUAAGAAACCGAAGCAUUUGGCGGAUUAUGUCCGGCCUGAGUAUAUGGGGUAUCCCGAGGGCGCUAUGAUCCAUACCAUGCAAGAUCCACCAUCGACGCUCAGUAUCGAAUAA